ACUGUCGCUUUUACAAAAAUCACUCCUUCCUCUCGCUUCUCUUUCCUUUCUUGCCUUCUUCUCGUUCCUUCCUUCAAACUUCAAACCCUACAACAAAAUUAAACUCUUAAUUCUCUUCAUCACCAUCUUAUUAUUAUUAUUAUUAUUAUUAUUAAAAAAUCACACGCAGACUGAAACCCACUUUAUCAGUUUCGCCGUUAAAUGGGUACACCAAACUCAACCCAAACACACGAUGGGUCCUGACCCUCUUUGCCGGCAAUGGGAAAGCCCCGAGAUGAACAACAAACCCUGCCUUCAACAGUCACCGCCGAGGAUCAACGGCGGGAUGCGGCGGCGGCAGGAUGCGGUGGCUGCUGCGCCUCUGCCGUUGGACUCAGAUGCGUCCUUGUCUUGCUUUUCUCAGUCGCGCUGUUCCUCUCCGCACUCUUCUGGUUACCCCCAUUCGUUCACUUCGCAGAUCAAAAGAAUCUGCAUUUCAAUUCUAAGUACAAAGUGUAAUCCGAAUACUACCGAGGUGGCUCACCUGAAUGGAUGUGGUGGGUGAGCAGUCUUGCUACUCGUACCAAACUCGGUGGUUAUAAUUUUUAAGGCUUAGAAGUGUUCGUUCUGAAAAGAAGGGGGUUUGUUCAACGGUCGUGGUUUAUUUGGGAAAUUGUUGUUACUUUCCUCUUGUCUAUAUGAAGUUAGGUCAUGAUAUUGUUGCAAGCUUUUAUGUUAAGAUGCCAGUUUCUUUUCUAGAGGAUAACAUCUUGCGGCUUUCUGAUGACAUUUUUGAAGAGAUAGGGGUUUUCUCUACCAAAGUGGUCAUUUUGUCCCUAGAUCCUUUACCAGGGUCAAACAUGACAAAAGUGGUGUUUGCAGUUGAUCCUGAUGGUAAAUAUUCAGAAAUGUCUUCAGCUGCCAUUAGUUUGAUAAGAGCAUCAUUUACAGAACUGGUUAUACGCCAAUCAUAUCUCCAGCUCACUCCAUCAUUGUUUGGUGUUCCCUCCUUUUUUGAGGUGCUAAAAUUUAAAGGAGGGAUCACUAUCAUUCCCCAACAGACUGUGUUUCCUCUGCAGACAGUCCAAACAUUAUUCAACUUUACUUUGAAUUUCUCUAUUUAUGAAAUACAAUCAAAUUUUGAUGAGCUGACAAGUCAGCUAAAGUCUGGACUACAUUUGGCACCCUAUGAGAACUUGUAUGUCAUCUUAUCAAAUUCUGAAGGUUCUACAGUAGUCGCUCCUACUAUUGUUCAAUCAUCUGUCCUACUUGCAGUUGGGAUUACACCAUCAAAUGGGAGGCUAAAGCAACUGGCACAAACGAUCAUGGGACAUCAUUCAUGGAACCUCGGAUUGAAUAACACUGAAUUUGGUAGGGUUAAGCAAGUUCGACUUUCCUCCAUCUUGCAACACUCCCUCCAUGGCAGUGGUGGUAGACGUAGUGGCUCUACCUGGUCACCUUCCCCUGCCCCUCUGCCUCAUCGUCACCAUCACCAUCACCACCACCAUCAUCAUCAGCACCAAAGCCACCGCCACAAUGCCCAAGUAUUUCCUGAUAUUCCACCUACACCCGAACCUGCACCUAGGACCGGGGAAGGUGCUACUUCACCUAUGUUUGGUUCUUCUGCCCCUGCAAGAACUGUGCCUGCCCCAGGGAGAACUUAUGCUCAGCCUCCUAGUUGUUGGUUUGGGUAUAGGAAGAGGUUUACACGGAAUACUCUGAAACAUGUCCAUCUAACACCUUCAGUUGCCCCUACUAAUGCUCCACAUUAUCCUGUUACCUUUCCACGGGUUGGGACCCCAUCACAUGCCUCUUAUUCAGUUCCUGCUUUGAGUCCUUUACCAAAUGUAGCUUUUGCUAGUACUGAGCCCCCUCCUAAUGCAUAUUUUCAUGGGCCAUCACCUUCUUCAUCUUCUGCAGGUUAUGCUAGGACUGUCAAAUGGACAUCUUUAAUGUUUUUAGUACUUGUAUUACUUAUAUAAGCAAGUUCUGAACUGUAUCAUUCGGCCAGACAAACUAGAGUGCUAUAAAGGUGAGCUACGCAAAGGCUAGCUUCACAUCUGAGUGGAUACUAGUUAUCAUUAAGAGUGUAAAUAGUUGAUUAAAAAGGUCCAGAUCAAAUGUAUCCUUAAAAGGAAAAAAAAAAUCCAGACGGUGUGUGCGUUUUCAGGUCAAAGUCUACAAGUGGCAGGCCUUGAUUACAUGCAUCACUGAUGUUUUGUAACGUUAUAUGGAAAAAGAAAAU